AUGAAAUAUUAUCAGCACUAUAGUAUAUCAUUUUUAUUAUCAUUAUCCAUAUUUUGUGUUUUAUUAUUAUCAAAUGGACUUAUAGGUUCGUUUGAAAUUAUAUUAAUCACGAGCUAAAAUAUUUUUCUACAGAAGCCUCUGAACACAAUCAACUCAUUGAACGUGCUCAUAAAUUAGGUAGCGAGAAUAAAGCAGUUAAAGUUGGAAAUCAUAUUAGAGUUGAUCUGAAUGAAACUUCUUCUGAAGAACUUUUGGAUAAAUGGAUGUCUCAAGCUGUUUCGGGUUUGAUGGCAGCUGUUGCUUCUAAAAAGUGAGUACAAAUCAGGGAUCGAAUUAAGAAAUACGUGAAUUUUCAGAAUAAAGAAUCUUCCUGAAGAUGAACGUGAUAUUAUUCAACAAUGCUCGAAAGAAGCUAAGAAUGUUCCAGACCACGCUAGAUGUGUUGUCAAACUUCUUGAUGCUGAGAAAACUAUCAAGACCGUCCGAAAAUCUCAUAAGCAUGAUGAGAAAAUCGUGAAGAGUCAAACAAAAAUUGUUGAUGAAGCUCAAAAAGACGGAGAAGAAGAUUUGGAAUGGGUUGGAUCGUUUGGAAUGUCGAGAGCGAAAAGAAAUGCUGGAUUCAAAGUUGUAAAUAGAUCGAAUUAUGAAUUGAAACAAGCAAUUGAUGAAGAUCCAAUGACACGAGUUGUCAAGUCAAUGACAAAUACAGUAAGACAAAUGAAAAAUAAGAAUACUCACAAAGAAGGAUGGAAAGAAGCUGUUGGAAGAGUUAAGAAACUCAAGGAAAUGGCUAAAAAACAAAAGAAGGAAAGAGCAAUAAUGAAAGAACGAUUGAGAAAAAUGAUUGACAAUACACCAACUGAAUUCAUUGAUCCAAGAAAACCAAUUGCUCUUAAAGAGGUAAAUAAUUUAAUGUAGAACUUGAUUACUGUAGGAUCAAAUGAUCAAACUAUAGAUAACCACAAUAUUUUCAAGUUGAUCAUAUCUUCAAAUGAUAUACCAUAUUUUAGGCUGAGAUGGAAGAUGAAAACCAAGAAAUUACAAAAUUGAUGCGCAAAAAAGAAACCGAAGAAAUCCGUGUUCCACUUAAAUUCCUUCGUGAAGCUGUCAAAAUGGCUCUUACAAUUGGAGGUCAUAACACAACUGAUUUCGAGAAGAAAACUUUGAAAAUGGUUUCACCACGUUUGAUGUCUGUUGUUCCUGAACAAGAAGAUGAAUCAAUUUACAACCUUCUUUCUCCAUCACUUUUCUCGUUGCAUGAAGAAGGAGAAGGAAUUGAGAAGCUCACUUCCUUGCCAAAUAUUCUGAAAAAACUGGAUAUGAAAGGACAGGAUGUGUGGAUGGACUUUAUCGUAGAAGCCGCCGGUUCGUUUCGAGUUUUUCUUUUCUUUUUACGGGAAAAAAGAUAGAUGAUGAUGGGUGGAAGAAAGGGAUAGGAUUAGGUGAUAAACGAAUUUGAUAUUUUAAUUGAAAAACUGUUCAAUGGACUACGGUCAUUCUGAUCGGCAUAAGUUGUUAGUUUGAACUUUUAUCAGCAGUGAAAAAAUGUAGUAUAGAGAUUUGAUCUCCAAAAAAUCGGCAUAGUUCUUAUUUUCAGGAAUCCCUGACAGUAUUGAUGAAUUUGAGAAGAAAUUCAAUGAUAAACGCGACCAAGAAAUGCGUGGGCCAGACGGAGUUCCACUUUAUUUCACCAAAGAAAACGCGACAGAAAUUUACGGAGAUGUUGAGAAACAAAAAAUCGAAGUAUUCGAAUAUCUUGACAAAUCAUACAGUGAUGAUCAGAAAGAAAAGUUGAAUACUGAUGGAUUUGCAAUGUUGACAACAGAACAAUUGGACAAAUUAUAUGGAAAAGAUUCACCAUAUCAUCAUUCUGAAUCGUUGAACAAAUUCAAGAAAAUGCGUGAUGAUCCUAUCGAAUACUUGGAAUCUGAGUUCGUUGUCUUAUUUUUUAACAAAAAUAUCUCACGAUUAAUUCCUCUGCUAAAAGGCAGACGCAUGGCAAUUGUUGCCCACUGCUGCUGUUCAAAUCGGCAUCGCUGCCUGCAAUUUGGAGCAGCACUGCCGUUUCGCUGCGAUGUAGAGUAAUUCAAUUGUUUUUCAGCAUUCGAGCUUUGGCUGAAACUGAUAAAUUCCAACGUUCGCGCCGUGCUGAUAUUGUCAGUUCUCCAUUUAUCCUUACACCUCUCACUGGAGCAUCUGCAGCUUUGUCAAACACAUUUAUUGUUACCUCACCACUUGUACUUUCUCCAAUUACUCUUUCACCAGCCGCCUUGGGUCCAAUUAUUCUAUCUCCUUGGGUUUUCGUCCCACUCAUCUUAUCUCCUCGUGUCCUUUCACCACUUAUUGUCAAUCCCCUGGUUUUCUCCCCAAUUAUUCUAUCUCCUCUUGCUCUCCAUCCCCUUAUUCUUGUUCCAGGUGUUUUCAAUCCCUUCAUUUUGUCCCCAAUGGUUUUAUCUCCACUCAUUUUGUCUCCACAAGUAUUUACCCCAUUGAUUUUGUCGCCAUUCGCUUUGAAUCCAUUGAUUUUAACACCAAUGGUUGGUUCCCCAUUGAUUCUUUCGCCAUUCGUUUUGUCCCCAAUUAUUUUAUCACCACAAGCAUUGUUUGCUGUUGUAUUAUCACCAUAUGCAUUAUCACCUUUGAUCGAAUCAAAAUUGAUUGCUGCUGAAGUUGUUCUUUCACCAUCAUGGCUCUCAUAA